AUGCAUCAAGAUAUCUCUUUCUGCGCCCACGAGCUGUCCACCCCCAAAUCACCAGACCCGAACGGGGAUAUGGUUAGACAUGCGUCACUUAUGGCCGCGCCCAAGAAUCUUUACAUCCGCUUUCGCUGUAUCCUAGAUACGUCGAUCACCCUUGACGAAAGAUCUCUCAAAGUCAUCGAUUUUGAGAACUUCCGCUUGGCUCCUCGCUUUGAUAACGCCGCUCAAUCUGCUCUUCUUCGUCCCAACCCCAAGCUAGCACAUGCGCUGGCCAACUCAAAAGCCAAAGGUCUCCCGCCCAUCAGCGUCGUUCCUCUUUCAGGGCAGUAUUUAUCCAUCCUCGCCGGGAUCAUGGGUGCAAAAUCAGUACUGGAGAUCGGUACUCUGGGCGGCUACUCGACGAUCUGUUUUGCAGAAGCUGGCGCCAAGGUGACAAGCAUUGAGAUUGACCCAAGACACCGGGAUGUGGCACUGGAGAAUGUGGAUGGUCUUGACGUGGAAAUUUUGCUCGGCGCAGCGCUGGAAGUGUUGCCGAAGCUGGCAGAGGAGGGAAGACAAUUCGAUAUGGUGUUCAUUGACGCGGACUUUGAUGAUCAGUGGGAGCAUUUCGACUGGGCAGUGAAAUUGACACGGCCAAAGGGGUGUGUCUUUUUAGACGAUGUGGUGGUCUCGAUGCUGAAGAAUGGGCAGACGGGGGAGGGUGGUAGUGAUUCUAUCUUGACGAAGGUUGGCAAGGACGACAGAGUGAUGGCCACCCUUGUGUCAACGGCGGCUACACACCCAAUGAUACCCACACCAGCUAUGAAUGGUUUCAUUAUGGCUAUGGUCAAGGAUCAUUGA